AGUCUCUUGCUCCCUUUAAUAUCAAUUGAGUCUCUUUAUUGACUAAAGCAAUUCAAUCUCCUUCCUUAUAUAUUUUAUAUUCAGAGCCUUCUUCUCAUUGCUUAGCUUUAAUCACGCUUCUUCUUCUCUCUCUCUCUCUCUCUCUCAUAAAUCUCAACAUAGUAUUUCUGAAUACCUCCUAACACUCCUGCAUUCUGCACAACAGUAAUGGCAUCAAGCUCUAUGCGUAGCACAAGUUCAUCAUGGACAUCAAAGCAAAACAAAUCAUUCGAAAAGGCUUUAGCUUUAUUUGACAAGGACACCCCUGAUCGUUGGCAUAAUGUUGCCAGGGCCGUAGGAGGGAAAUCGGCUGAUGAAGUGAAGAGACAUUAUGAGAUUCUUAUUCAGGAUCUCAAGUAUAUUGAAUCAGGCCAAGUCCCUUUUCCCAAUUACAAGUCUACUAGCGUAGGGAAAGGCUUUGCUGAUGAAGAACAAAGGCUAAUGAAAUAUCUAAAGCUCCACUGAAGUCUGAAUUUGGAAACUACUAAUUGAGUGGAAAAAUCUUCUGAAUGUAGAUGCCACGUUUUACUGUGUUCCGAUUUUCGUCUUUGCAACUGAUCUUACAACCCAAAUUGGAAGAACAAAUUUAUCUUUAGUUUUUCGUAACUUCCCUUUUUAUUGUAAUAGUUUCUAUAAAUCAAAUAAGCUAUAUUCUCUACUUGUGUACAAGAUUAACAGAUAAAUUGAAAAUCCCAUCGUCAAACCGAUCA